UGACGAUGACUCGUGGGGCAUUGAUCGUGAUUGCUGUGGUGCUGCUGAUGGCUGACUUCUCAAAUGGACAUCCUCACCCUCAUCCCACGAGUUACUCGUAUACGCCGAGUUCCGGAGUUUACCGAACGCCCGAUGAACAUGCCAAUAUCCAUGACCUACUGCGAAAAGUACUAACGAAUCUUUUGGUCGAAGAAGACGUUGAGAAAGAAGCGCCUAAAUCACUUGUUAUGUCGAGUUCUCGCCUUUACGGUUCCGGGCCCGGUGGUGAACAUGCGAACAUCCAUGACCUACUGCGCAAAGUGCUAACGAAUCUUUUAGUUGAAGAAGAUGCUGAGAAGGACAAUACCAGAGACGGAGAACAAGACGCCUAUGACGUCAUUAAGAGGAGUUUAAAAGCUCGAAUGGAUGCCGAAGAUAGUAGGAAGACGGGGCGUUAUUUGAAGCCAGUCGCGCAUAACAUAGCCAACAAAGCGUUAACUGACGGUUUAAUUAGCGAAGACUACGCAGACGGCGAAAACGGUGCUAUUCAUCAAGCAGUGAGACAGGCGGUAGUAAGCGGCCUGAUUGUUGAACAUAAUCCUCGUAGUGGUACCACCAUUAUUCACGAUGCUGUGCGCAAGUCGGUAAAGUAA